UUUCGUUAGGUUGGCGAUAUAGUUGUCAUUUGUUUUGUUAUGCUGCGCAACGGGUUGACAGGUGACAUUUUGACAUAUGAUACUCAUGAUUGACAAUUAUACAAAAAUUAUAAAUAAUGUAUUAUUUGGCGAAAUUCUGUCGAAUUUGUAUAAAAACAGGUGUGAAGUUGUUGGACAUAAACACUGUUGAUUUUGAUUAUGUGACAUUCAGUGAGAAACUCGAGUCGUGCACGAAAAUGAUUAUCAACAGAGAAAGUUUGUCAACACAAAUAUGUCUUCAAUGCGUUAAGAAGUUACGAAUGUCGUACGAUUUUCACAACAUGUGUAAACAGUCAACGAAAGUCCUUCAAGGAUAUCUAACUGAACUCAUCAGCGCUUCAAACAAAAUCACUCCCGAAUCGUUUGUUAAUUCUGAACUGAGAGUCACUCUUACCCCCAUUUGUAAAAAUGCCCUCAAGCGGAAACGCAUCACCAAAUACCAGCGAUGUUCCCUCCUUAAGAAACUUCUUCUGUCCCGGAAAAACCACAUGCGAAAGGAGAAAACCCCGCGGAAAAAACGGGAGCCAAAAUCGGUCUACAAGGGAGGUCUUCGUAGUAUAAUCGAUUUCACGAAAAACUUUGAUUUUGGCUACAAAUACGAUGGCAACCACAACAACUGCCUUCUGAGCGAUGCCACUCCCUUGACUCGACUCACCAACUUCACCAACACAUUUUUCCUCAACAACUUUGCUGAAUUUAGAAACACCAUCCUUUACAUCAUUGAGAAUAAGGACAACCUUUCAGAAAGCGACGACGACGACGGCGACGACAUGUUUGACUCCUACAUCCCUGAACCGGGCGAAGCGGAAGUCAAGUCGGAAGAAGUCGUUGUUGAGCCCGAUAUCAAAAUCAAAACAGAGUACGACUACGACGACUGCGAAACGAAUUUUUCUUGCAACUAUUAUGUGGAAACUUCAUAUAGUGACACCGAGAUCAAGAAAGAGAAUUUCGAAAUUGAGGAGAAUCCGAUAAAACAGGAACCUGUAGACGACUAUGUUGAACCACAGAACUCCGUGCAAAUGCUCGACAAGUUGGUGGGGGAUUUGGGGCAGCAAAGACGCGCCUUUUCGCACCACAGUGUCCGGUGUCGGACUCGAGGCAAUCCUUACAUUAACCCAAAAUUAAAACAACAAUUUCAGUUUAAAAGUUUCCAGUGUGACAAAUGCAACCGAUAUUUUAAAAGCCCGGGCUAUCUCAAGGCGCAUAUCGCGAAAAUACACCAUUGAGUUUAAAGAAAGCGCCCUCUGUGGCGGGAUUUGUUUAGAUUUGGUUUCCUACUUAUUAGAGAAAUUUUGUUAUGGGAGAAUGAUUUGUGAUUGUUAAGUGAAAUCGUUUCACUAAAAAAUAUGUUUGGUAAGGCUAAAAGCGAUUUUGUGAUUUUGAUCUUGUAAAUAAUUGUAUUUAUGCUUGCGCGCAAUUCUGCGUUUCCAGAUUUUACUAAUUAGAUUUAAGCCUUUUUCGACGUGAUGAACUCGACUCAUCAUCGUUUUAAUCCGAAUUUAUAGAUGUGUGAGUGUAAAACAAGGUAGGUUAGUGCAACGUAAUCAAAAGUCAGUAUUGCAAUAUUUGCCAAGCAUCGAAAUCUUAUUCAAAUUGGUGUCUGUUGGAUCAUAUUUUUGAUAUUAUUCGACUCUUUUUACGUCAUCUUUUGUUUUAAUUGAAUUGUUGAUUGUUUUAUAUGAUUUUUAUAUAUUUUUUUAUUUUAUCAUGGUCUGAAAUAAAUUUAUUCAUUUUGA